UCGAACGAUCCCCAUUUUGAGGCCGACAACGAAGCGGAGGCAGACGAUUCAUACGAUCGUGAUACAGAGGAGUUCUAUAGUAAUAUUCAAGACGCCGCCGGCACCUCUUCAAGUCGUAGCAAACGUUCAUCGUUAUUUUCGCGUUCCGAUUCAUCGGCAACAACAACCUCAUCGAGUGGUUGUACAUUUACGGGGGCAAAGAGACGUUCGACCGCCUCGAUUAUUUCAACGUCUAUGUGUUCGGAUAUAAUACCCAUCGAUCGUAGACGCAGUUCAACCGCCACGGAAUAUAGUGUACGUUCGGUAUCGAGUCAACAGAGGAGAUCGAGUGGCCGUGUAAGGCGUCAUAUAUCCAGAAUGACGAUAGCCGGGGCAAGAAGACGCACAACGGGCAGUUUCGAUGUAGAAAAUGGCCAAAGUGCUCGAUCUCCGCUCGAGGGCGGUUCACCAAGCGCCGGUCUCGUCUUGCAAAAUCUUCCACAGCGUCGCGAAUCGUUCUUAUAUCGUUCCGAUUCUGAUUUUGAAAUGUCACCCAAAUCAAUGUCCCGCAAUUCAAGCAUUGCUAGUGAAAGGUUUAAAGAACAGGAGGCCUCCAUCCUGAUUGACAGAUCCCAUGGCGAGGAUCUCAUUGUGACACCAUUUGCCCAAAUUUUAGCAAGUUUACGUUCUGUGCGCAAUAAUUUAUUAAGUCUGACAAAUGUUCCGGCAUCCAACAAAUCUAGGCGACCAACCCAAACAUCUAUGGGACGUUCAUCGACGGCGGGUAUUAUCCUAAACCAGGGCGAUGAGGCGUAUACACGUUUGGCCACCGAUACCAUUGAAGAAUUAGACUGGUGCUUGGAUCAAUUAGAAACGAUACAGACCCAUCGUAGUGUAUCCGAUAUGGCAUCGCUUAAGUUCAAACGUAUGCUGAACAAAGAAUUAUCACACUUUAGCGAAUCGAGUAAAUCUGGAAAUCAAAUCUCCGAAUAUAUUUGUUCAACAUUCUUGGACAAACAACAAGAAUUCGAUUUACCCUCAAUGCGCCUGGAAGAAAACACAGCUGCGGUGCAUGAGCACAGUGCCAUUACUGGGCCGAAUCAACAGCGCAGUCGCAGUCCACGCGGUCCACCCAUGUCACAGAUAUCCGGUGUUAAACGUCCUUUAUCGCAUACAAAUUCAUUUACCGGUGAACGUUUGCCCACCUAUGGUGUUGAGACACCACACGAAGCGGCACUGGGUACACAAUUGGCCGAAUUGGAUACAUGGGGCAUCGAUAUCUUUAAGAUAGGCGAUUUGAGUAACAAUCGUCCGCUCACCUGUGUGGCAUACACAGUAUUUCAGAGUAGAGAAUUAUUGACCAGUCUUAUGAUACCACCGAAAAACUUUCUUAAUUUUAUGAGCACUCUGGAGGACCAUUAUGUCAAAGACAAUCCGUUUCACAAUUCAUUGCAUGCGGCUGAUGUCACACAAAGUACGAAUGUCUUAUUGAAUACUCCUGCACUGGAAGGUGUCUUUACGCCACUGGAAGUGGGCGGUGCAUUAUUUGCGGCUUGUAUACACGAUGUUGAUCAUCCUGGUCUAACUAAUCAAUUUUUAGUUAAUUCAAGUUCCGAAUUAGCCUUAAUGUAUAAUGACGAAUCUGUUUUGGAAAAUCAUCAUUUAGCUGUUGCCUUUAAAUUAUUGCAAAAUCAAGGAUGUGAUAUAUUCUGUAAUAUGCAAAAGAAACAACGCCAAACAUUAAGAAAAAUGGUUAUUGAUAUUGUACUAUCAACCGAUAUGUCCAAACAUAUGAGCCUAUUGGCCGAUUUGAAAACUAUGGUAGAAACUAAAAAGGUAGCUGGAUCUGGUGUACUACUGCUGGACAAUUACACAGAUCGUAUACAGGUUCUUGAAAAUCUUGUCCAUUGUGCCGAUUUAAGUAAUCCAACCAAACCGUUGCCGCUGUACAAACGCUGGGUUGGCCUUCUCAUGGAGGAAUUCUUCCUGCAAGGUGACAAAGAACGCGAAUCGGGCAUGGACAUCAGUCCAAUGUGUGAUCGUUAUAAUUCGACGAUUGAAAAGUCGCAGGUCGGCUUUAUUGAUUACAUUGUACAUCCACUCUGGGAAACUUGGGCCGAUUUGGUACAUCCAGAUGCUCAAGAUAUAUUAGAUACGCUUGAAGAGAAUAGAGACUAUUAUCAGAGUAUGAUACCGCCAUCACCACCACCAUCACAGGCCGAUGAACAAUUAGCGACAGAUGAUAAGAUUAGGUUUCAGGUAACCCUUGAAGAGUCCGAUCAAGAGAAUUUAGCUGAAUUAGAGGAGGGCGAUGAAACCGCUGCCGAACGUGGUGAUGAUGUUGGUGUUAACGCUGCUGAUACGAUGACCACCACGGGUGAUAAUAAACCGUCGGGGAGUCAAAAUCAACCGCAUCACGCUGGAAUGUGACGGAGAGUCGUGGGACUUUGCCGAAAAAUAACUGAAAAGGCGCAAAAUUUUUUGCUAAUACGUUAGUGACUUUUAACUACAAACAACAAAACAAAAACAACCAAAUAGAAAAAAACUACAAC